ACUGACUGUACUUCUCUUCACUGUUAGUCACAGGAGGGCGCUGUCUGCUUCAUGAGGUCACCUCGCUCCAGGCUCAGUCAGAGUGGUUUCCUCAGACCAGUGGAGGCUGGACCCACUACCAGAGAAGCUGCCUGCAGUUUCCCACCUUAUAUCCUGGACCUCAGUGGUACAACACACCCUGCAACAUCAACACGGUUUGCCCUAAACCUAACAGUCAGUGUGUGUCGGGUAGAUGUGUGUGCAGGUCUCCCUUCAUUUUAUCCGGAACUGAUGCCACGUGUCGAGUUCCUGAGUCAUGUCGAGACUUGCAGUCAGUAGGAGCCAGGUCAGGUGUCUACUCCAUUCAACUGCCAGAAACAAGAGAGAUACUGAGAGUCUGGUGUGACAUGGACUCUGGUGAUGGCGGCUGGCUGGUGUUCCAGAGACGGCGUGACGGUUCUGUUGACUUCUACAGGAACUGGACGGAGUAUGAAAACGGCUUUGGUGACGUCACCGGGGAGUUCUGGCUGGGGUUAUCCAACCUGCACUUGCUACUCAAGAGACCACAGCGACUCCGUGUUGACCUGGGAGAGAAGAAUGGAAAACGUAUCUAUGCUGAGUACUCGUCCUUCAGAGUGGAUGGUCCUGACACAAACUACAGACUGUUCACAUCUGGCUACUCGGGUGAUGCAGGUGACAGCCUGACUUAUCAUGAAGGAGACAUGUUUUCAACGUUUGACCGCGACAAUGACAGCUCCGACACUCUCAACUGCGCUGUGUAUUUUAAAGCUGCCUGGUGGUUCCGAGGCUGUUACAACGCCAACCUCAACGGUCAGUACCACGUGGAUACCUACGGCGUCAGUUGGUAUCUGAAAUACCAAGAUUGGAGAAGCUUCUCAUUCUCAGAGAUGAAACUGAGACCAGCCUAGCAUCGCCUUGUCUCCUGUGGUCUCACUGUUGUCACGGUCAGUCGGCGUACACGACAGGUUUCACUGACGAGGUCACUCAGUGCAUACUGCUCUCGUCGUGUUAGCAACCGACUUUGUUUACUCUGAUGGUGGUCCUGAUUGUGGUCUGAUAUUACACUAAAACUGUUGUAUUGUUUCUCUAAGAUUUAGUUUUACUUGUAUCAAUCAAUAAGUUUAUAAUUUAAAGAAAUUCAAUCAUAAAUAUUUGAGUAUAUUCACAGCACACUGUUCUUAGCCAUAAACUGAAGUAUUAUGAAUAAUUGAUCGGUAUUUGCUGAACGGAAUUAGAAUUUUAUGUUUCAAUGUUAGCCAUAGUUUACACGCUUGACUUAAUGCAAUUACUUCCCUUUAUACUCACUAUUCCCUCCCUUUAUGUGUAAAUGUGUCUUUAAUUAUGAAAACGGCAAUUGAUAAUAUCACAUUUAUCUCACACCAUUGUGAACCAAAAAUUAUUUAAAUAUUUUGUUUAUUGAACUCUUGCGUAGAAAGCGUUAAGACACUAACCUGAUCAUACAACUCACUCUGUCUCUGCCUCUACCUGUCUACUAUUGUAUCAUUUUGUAGCUACGGUCGUGCAUGUCCGAAAGUCAAAUAAUGAAGUUUACAGAGAAUACUUAUCAAACAAGCAUUGAACUAAUUUGCUGUAUACAUGUAUUCCUUCUAUUGCUUAUUUUCUUUCAAUUAUAUUUUGUUCUAACAAGCUAAUUGUGCGGAUUUACCUGUUGGUGUUGUAAUGUGGGGAGAGUGUAGUUAUUCAGUGCACACCUGGCUCCAUGACAGUCUUGUUGUUUAUUUACACUGUUGACUAGACGUCACUACAUUGAUGUGUACGUUUUAUUCACUCCCUUGUAACGCAUACAGUCGCUGAUGAUAACGGCGAUGACAAUAUCACAUCUGUGACACACAUGCAGGAAACACAAACUAUUUCUCUUUCAAAGUGAAG